AUGUCGGUCAUUCUCUGCACCGCUGGCUAUGACCAUACUAUCCGCUUCUGGGAAGCCCUCUCUGGCAUCUGCUCGCGCACAAUUCCCCAUCCCGACUCCCAAGUAAACCGCCUCUGCAUCUCCCCCGACAAGCGCUAUUUGGCCGCCGCUGGUCACCAUACGGUCAAGCUUUACGACAUCAAAUCCACAAAUCCGAACGCAGUGAUAAACUUUGAAGGGCACACAAGUAACAUCACGGGCGUCGCGUUCCACUGCGAAGGGAAAUGGAUGGUCACAUCGUCUGAAGAUGGCACCGUCAAAAUUUGGGACACACGUAGCGGGAACGUUCAGAGGAAUUACAUGCACGGAGUACCUGUCAAUGACGUGGUGAUACAUCCAAAUCAAGGAGAGUUAAUAUCCUGCGAUCGAGGUGGUAAUGUGCGAAUAUGGGACUUGGGCGAAAACAAAUGCAGCCAUCAGUUGAUACCCGAGGACGAUGUGAGCGUUGCGAGUGUCACUGUUGCCAGCGAUGGUACCAUGCUAUGCGCGGGAAACAAUGCUGGAAAUGUGUACGUCUGGCGCAUGGUCCAGCGUGGUGAAGCAACUUCGCUUGUCCCUGUCUGCAAAUUCAUCGCGCAUCACACCUACAUAACACGCGUCCUUCUCUCUCCAGACGUCCGACAUCUGGCUACCUGCUCCGCCGACCACACAGCGCGCAUAUGGUCUGUUGAUACCUCUCAACCACACAACGCGACAGCUCAGGACGGACUUCCAGCAGAGCGCGAUGUAAACGCUUUCCCACUGGAGACAACUCUCCAUGGACACCAGAGAUGGGUCUGGGACUGCGCGUUUAGUGCCGAUUCUGCAUACUUGGUGACUGCAUGCUCCGACCAUUACGCACGGUUAUGGGAACUGAACAGUCAGAGCAUCAUCAGGCAAUACAAUGGCCAUCACCGUGGUGCGGUAUGUGUGGCGUUAAAUGACACGGCCGUUGGUAACUGA